UCUGCGGUAAUGUCCUCCGUCUACAACCAGCUAUAACAGGGGCGCAACGCCAAACUGGAGCUCUUGUGGCAGUCCAGAAUACGCGUCUAUAUGCGAGCCAAACCGCAGAGGCUGUGUUGGACAAAACUGUAGUUGGCAGUGAAGUCACUAUGACUGCUGAGAAGGUGCAUAAGAAGGCAGUCAGUAUGGACUCAAAGUCAUUUGCUGUGAACAUGUUCAAAGGGCUAAUCAGCACUUCCCAAGUGUUCCCUUUUCCUUCAGUGCUGAAUGAAGAACAGGCUCAGUUCCUCAAGGAGCUGGUUGGACCAUGCAGUAAGUUUUUUGAGGAAGUGAAUGACCCCAUGAAGAAUGAUGCUCUGGAGAAGGUGGAGGACCACACCAUGGAAGGCCUGAAGGAGAUGGGAGCUUUUGGUCUGCAGGUUCCUGCAGAUCUCGGUGGUGUAGGACUCACCAACACACAGUAUGCCAGACUGGUGGAGAUUGUGGGAAUGCAUGAUCUGGGUGUGGGCAUCACUCUUGGUGCCCAUCAGUCCAUAGGCUUCAAGGGCAUCCUGCUGUUCGGUAACCCCGAGCAGAAAGAGAAGUACCUUCCAAAGCUGGCCACUGGAGAGAAUAUUGCUGCCUUCUGUCUCACUGAACCAGCGAGCGGUUCUGAUGCAGCCUCUAUUAAAACCACAGCAGUUCGCUCCCCCUGUGGCAAAUACUACACUCUCAGUGGAAGUAAGAUCUGGAUCAGUAAUGGAGGCCUUGCAGAGAUCUUCACGGUGUUUGCAAAGACUCUUGUGAAGGACGAAAAAACUGGCGAGAUAAAGGACAAAAUCACUGCAUUUAUUGUGGAGAGGAGCUUUGGAGGAUUCUCAAAUGGUCCUCCUGAGAAAAAAAUGGGCAUUAAAGCAUCCAACACAGCAGAGGUGAAUUUCGAAAAUGUGCAUGUCCCUGCAGACUGUGUGCUAGGAGAGGUGGGAGGUGGAUUUAAAGUGGCCAUGAACAUCCUCAACAAUGGCCGUUUUGGAAUGGCUGCUGCUCUUUCUGGAACCAUGAAGGGUGUCAUUGCCAAAGCAGUUGACCAUGCUGCUAACCGAACUCAAUUUGGGAACAAGAUCCACAACUAUGGUGCCAUUCAGGAAAAGGUGGCCAGAAUGGCCAUGCUUCAUUAUGUGACAGAGUCCAUGGCUUAUAUGGUAAGCGGGAACAUGGAUAGUGGAGCCACAGAGUUCCAGAUUGAGGCGGCCAUCAGUAAAAUCUUUGCCUCCGAUGCUGGUGUGGAAAGAAUAAUGAGGGACCUGAGAAUCUUCAGAAUCUUUGAGGGUACCAAUGACAUCCUGCGACUCUUCAUAGCGCUCAAUGGCUUCCAGAAUGCAGGCAACCAGCUGAAGAGCUUGCAGAAAGCUCUAAAGAACCCUUUUGGUAAUGCUGUGAUGCUGGCAGGGGAAAUGACUAAACGUGCCAAGAGAAAGGCAGGCAUGGAUACAGGACUGACUUUGCAGGGAAAAGUUCAUCCAGAGCUUAACCACAGCGGAGAAUUGACUGUGAAAGCGAUUGAGCAGUUUGGAGCUGUUACUGAAGAGCUUCUUCUUAAACAUGGAAAAAAAAUAAUUGAUAAACAAUUUGUUCUGAAGCGAGUUGCAGACUGUGCCAUUGAUCUGUACGCCAUGGUUGUGGUCUUGUCCAGAGCAUCCAGUUCUCUUGGCCAAGGUCACUCUUCUGCCCAGCAUGAGAAGAUUCUGUGUGAAACCUGGUGUACUGAGGCCCAUGAGAGAGUCAUGCAGGACAUUAAGUUUCUCAGGUCAGGUUCCUCCAAGCAGAUAUUCAAGAACCUACGUGCAAUUUCCGCUGCUGUGGUUGAAAACGGAGGGGUGGUAUCUCCUCAUCCUCUGGGCUUUUGAAGAUCUGUCUGCUCUCACUUUCGUAAGCCAAAAAUGUCCACCCACUGACCACAAUCAACCAUUCACACCUGUCCAUAUUUCAGACAGUUCAGUGCUGCAUUGCUUGAUGAGUGGAGUUUAUCACAUUGUGUUCUUUGACCACAAGGGUGCUUUAAUAAUUCAUAUUAAUGUAUGUAAAUUAAUAUGUGUAUAUUUAAGAAUAAGACAGUGUCUGCCAAUAAAUGUAGUUUUUAUGAUUGAGCAAGCCUCAAUUAAAAAAUGACAUUAAUGAAAUUAAUCAAGUUGUUGAGCAAUAGAUCCGUUUUAAGGAAUCUUGCCAUCUGGUUUGAAGAGUGCUCAAAAGCACUCAGACUGAAUUGUUUUUGGCCUUCCAACCAAACUUAGCCCAAUAUCCGGUCCAGCUAUCAGCAUUUAGCAAAUGGUCAAUUUGUAAUCUUUUGCCAACCUUCUACUGUAUUGAGUGGCUUUACAUAUUUAACAUUAAAUUGAAUUGUUCCAAUGUCUUGACAUUUGUUUUUAUGUGAAAUGUAAUACAGUAUCCAAUGUUACCCAGAACGUUUUUCUCAUUACUAAAAUAGAAGCACCUUGAGUAUCUUAUCAACAGGCAAUUUGUCUAAGUUAACAUUUUAGGGAAUGCUCUAAGAACUUGUUGAGGGGAAAUAGUGUUAAUGAAAUGGAAAUACCAUUCUAAAUGAUCUGAACAUAAACACAAUGGGUCUUUAUUUAAUUUUAGAAGAAGUAACCUAUUAGCUAGGUCCAUAUAAACAGUACCCAAUAAUUGCAUAUAAAAAGUAUUGCACCAUUUUUCUCUAAGAAAUUUGUUGCACAAGCAAAUGUUACAUUUGGUUCAAGCAUUGGACAUUUCAGAUGUCUUAAAUGUGUAUUUUUUCCUUUUCACCCCCACCCCAUCUUCUCCCCAAAAGCAUGUAACUACUUAUAUCGCAAACAAAUAAAACUUGAUAACAGUGUAGUCAUACUUGCCUGACUUAAUUAUAAAAAUGUACUUUUGAUG